AUGUCGGCCAUGGCCAGCUUGCCACCCCUGAAGCCCAUAGAUCAUGGAAGCGGGUUUGAUCGACACAUCCUGAUCACGGGAGGUGCUGGGUUCAUUGCGUCGCACGUCGUCAUUCUCCUCUGCAAGAAGUACAGCCUUGCUGCGUGAAACUCAACCCGCCGCGCCGCAAUGUCGCCGCGACGCCGUCGAAGCCAGUGAAUCAGUUGCGCGAGACGCCGCCGCCGCGCAGGUACCCGAAGUACAAGAUCCUGAACUUCGACCGCCUCGACUACUGCUCGUGCCUCGCGAACCUCGAGGAGGUCGCGUCGCUGCCGAACUACAAGUUCGUCAAGGGCGACAUCUGCUCGGCGGACCUCGUCAACUACGUUUUGGAGACGGAGAAGAUCGACACGAUCAUGCACUUCGCGGCGCAGACGCACGUCGACAACUCGUUCGGCAACUCGUUCCAGUUCACGCGGAACAACAUCCUCGGCACGCACGUGCUGCUGGAAGCGGCGAAGGUGCACGACGUCGUGCGCUUCGUCCACGUCUCGACGGACGAGGUCUACGGCGAGGGCGAGUCCAUGGAGACGGCGCCCAUGAUCGAGGACCACGUCCUCGAGCCCACGAACCCAUACGCGGCGACCAAGGCCGCGGCCGAGUUCCUCGUGAAGUCCUACCACCGGUCCUUCGGGCUGCCCGUGAUCAUCACGCGCGGCAACAACGUCUACGGCCCGCACCAGUUCCCCGAGAAGCUGAUCCCGAAGUUCACGAACCAGCUCGCGCGCGGCCGCGCCGUGACGCUGCACGGGACGGGCGAGAACACGCGGAACUUCCUCUUCGUCGAGGACGUGGCGCGCGCCUUCGACUGCAUCCUCCACAAGGCCGAGAUCGGCAAGGUCUACAACAUCGGCGGCUCCAACGAGCAGUCGAACCUCGCGGUCGCCAAGCAGCUCAUCAAGAUCAUGGGCCUCGAGGACCAGGAGGCGUCGCUCAUCUCCUUCGUGCCGGACCGCGCGUUCAACGACCUGCGGUACACGAUCGACAACUCCGCGCUCGAGGCGCUCGGCUGGAAGGAGCUCAUGCCCUGGGAGGAGGGCCUCAAGCGCACCGUGGAGUGGUACAAAACCUACUCCGUCCGCUACGCGAACAUCGAGCAGGCCCUCGUCGCGCACCCGCGGAUCGAGUCCGCGGUGUCGGCUAUCUAG